UUUGGCUCGGGUAAUAUGGAAAUAAGUCCAGAGGGCACCAAUUCAGGAACACUAGAGACAGAUGUUAAUGCAAAACAGGCGGAGCAUAGUCUUGACAAUGAACCUGCCCUUGAAGACCCUCAUCACCAGAAGUGCCUUGCCAAUAUUCAACGUGUGCUCAAAGAGAAGAGACAUCGGCAUAGAUUAUCCAGGAUUGCCAAUGCCUCAAAGGACACUUUCUCUGAAGAGGAAUUUAAACGAGAGGGAAGCAGGGAAGAUUAUCAGGGCAAAGAAAAUGGAGAUAAUUCAAGACAUGCUUGGAUUAAAGCUGGAAAUGGGAGUGGAAUAUUUGGAAUUGACAGUAUGCCAGACCUGCGCAAGAAAAAAGCUAUUCCUCUGGUUAGCGAUGUGGCUAUGUCUCUGGUCCAAGCCAGGAAGGCUGGCAUUGCAUCUGCGAUGGCCUCACGCUCCUCCAUAAAAGAUGAGGAACUGAAGAACCAUGUGUAUAAAAAAACGCUACAAGCUUUAAUCUACCCCAUUUCUUGUACAACACCUCACAACUUUGAGGUGUGGACCGCCACAACGCCCACCUACUGUUACGAGUGUGAGGGGCUUCUUUGGGGCAUCGCUCGGCAGGGCAUGCGCUGCACGGAGUGCGGGGUCAAAUGUCACGAGAAGUGUCAGGAGCUGCUGAAUGCAGACUGCCUGCAGCGCGCGGCUGAAAAGAGCUCCAAACAUGGUGCUGAGGACCGCACUCAGAACAUCAUCAUGGCCAUGAAGGAUCGCAUGAAGAUCCGUGAGAGGAACAAGCCUGAGAUCUUUGAGGUCAUCCGAGAUGUAUUUGUGGUCAGCAAGGCCAUCCAUGCUCAGCAGAUGAAGACCAUCAAGCAGAGCGUCCUGGAUGGAACGUCCAAGUGGUCAGCCAAGAUCACCAUCACAGUUGUCUGUGCUCAAGGACUGCAGGCUAAAGAUAAGACUGGCUCCAGUGACCCCUACGUGACCGUCCAGGUGGGUAAAACCAAAAAGAGGACCAAGACGAUCUACGGCAACCUCAAUCCUGUCUGGGAGGAAAAGUUUCAUUUUGAAUGCCACAACUCCUCUGAUCGCAUCAAAGUUCGUGUUUGGGAUGAAGAUGACGACAUAAAGUCGCGUGUGAAGCAGCGUUUGAAGAGGGAAUCUGAUGACUUCCUGGGCCAAAGCAUCAUUGAGGUUCGCACGCUGAGUGGAGAAAUGGACGUCUGGUACAACCUCGAGAAAAGAACGGACAAGUCUGCUGUUUCUGGUGCCAUCCGUCUUCAAAUCAGUGUGGAAAUUAAGGGUGAAGAGAAAGUGGCCCCCUACCACGUCCAGUACACCUGUCUACAUGAGAACCUCUUUCAUCACAUCACAGAUGUCCUCGGUCAGGGUGUGGUGAAAAUCCCAGAAGCCCGUGGCGAUGAUGCCUGGAAAGUGUACUUUGACGAUGUUCCACAAGAGAUAGUGGAUGAAUUUGCAAUGCGCUAUGGGAUUGAAUCCAUCUACCAGGCCAUGACGCACUUUGCAUGUCUCUCAUCUAAGUAUAUGUGUCCCGGGGUCCCUGCUGUGAUGAGCACCCUGCUGGCCAACAUCAACGCCUACUACGCCCACACCACUGCAUCCACCAAUGUCUCCGCUAGCGACAGAUUUGCUGCAUCCAACUUUGGGAAGGAAAGGUUUGUCAAGCUCUUGGAUCAGCUGCACAAUUCCCUGCGCAUUGACCUCUCAAUGUAUCGAAACAACUUCCCUGCAAGCAGUGAGGAACGUUUACAGGACCUCAAAUCUACAGUGGACCUCCUGACCAGCAUCACUUUUUUCAGAAUGAAGGUCCAGGAACUGCAGAGUCCGCCGAGAGCUAGUCAGGUUGUGCGAGACUGUGUCAAAGCCUGCCUCAACUCCACGUAUGACUACAUCUUCAACAACUGUCAGGAGCUGUAUAGUCGCCAAUAUCCUCAGAUCGGAGACACGCAUAAGGACGAGUGCACCCCAGAAGAUCAGGGCCCGAGCAUCAAAAACUUAGACUUCUGGCCCAAACUCAUUACCCUUAUAGUGUCCAUCAUUGAGGAGGACCGGAACUCCUACACCCCUGUCUUAAACCAGUUUCCUCAGGAACUGAACGUUGGGAAAUUGAGUGCAGAGGUCAUGUGGAAUCAGUUCUCUCAGGAUAUGAAGUACGCCAUGGAAGAACAUGAAAAACACCGGCUGUGUAAAAGUGCAGACUACAUGAACCUGCACUUCAAGGUCAAAUGGCUGUAUAACGAAUACGUGAAGGUUCUGCCAACCUUCAAGGGAGUUGUGCCCGAAUACCCUACGUGGUUCCAACAGUUUGUGCUGCAGUGGCUGGAUGAGAACGAGGAUGUGUCCAUGGAGUUCAUGCAUGGAGCCCUGGAGAGAGAUAAAAAAGAUGGAUUCCAGCAGACGUCAGAGCACGCUCUCUUCUCCUGUUCAGUGGUGGACGUCUUCACCCAGCUCAACCAGAGCUUUGAGAUCAUCAAGAAACUGGAGUGUCCCGACCCCAAAGUCAUGGCCCUCUACAGCCGCCGGUUCGCCAAGACCAUUGACAAAGUUCUGCUACAGUACAGUGCCAUUUUGAAGAAGAGCUUCCCGUCCUAUUGUGAUAAGGAGAAGAUUCCAUGCGUCUUGAUGAAUAAUGUCCAGCAGUUGCGUGUCCAGCUUGAGAAGAUGUUUGAAUCUAUGGGUGCCAAACAGCUGGACACAGAGGCCAGUGACAUCCUGAACGAUCUCCAGGUCAAGCUGAACAACGUCUUGGACGAGCUGAGCAGCACCUUUGGAAACACUUUCCAGAGCCGCAUUGAUGACUGCAUGCGUCAGAUGGCCAGUCUGCUGUACCAGAUCAAAGGUCCAGUGAACGCCAACACCCGUAACCAGGUGGAGGCCGACUCUGAUAACAUGCUGCGGCCACUGAUGGACUUCCUGGAUGCAAAUCUGAUGCUGUUUGCCUCAGUGUGUGAGAAAACCGUGCUGAAGAGAGUGCUGAAGGAGCUGUGGAGGAUUGUGAUGAACAGUCUCGAGAAGACCAUCAUCCUUCCUCAGGGCAAUGACACCUUUGUAAGACCUGGAAUGAUCUUUUCAGCGGCUAAAGAACUGGGUCAGCUCUCCAAACUCAAGGAUCACAUGUCUGGUGAAGCUAAAAGCUUGACUCCCAAGCAGUGUGCGGUCAUGGACGUGGCCCUUGAAACCAUAAAGCAAUACUUCCACGCUGGAGGAAAUGGUUUGAAGAAGGCCUUCCUGGAGAAGAGUCCUGAACUGUCCUCGCUGAGACACGCGCUGUCCCUCUAUACCCAGACCACCGACACGCUCAUCAAGACGUUUGUAACUACUCAGCAUGCUCAAGGCUCAGGGGUUGAUAAACCAGUAGGGGAAGUAUCCAUACAGAUCGAUCUCUUCACUCACCCAGGCACAGGAGAGCAUAAAGUUACAGUUAAAGUUGUGGCUGCUAAUGAUCUGAAGUGGCAGACAUCUGGGAUGUUCCGACCGUUUGUGGAGGUCACCAUGAUCGGCCCUCAUCUCAGCGACAAGAAGCGCAAGUUCACUACCAAAUCGAAGAACAACAGCUGGGCGCCCAAAUUCAACGAGACCUUCCAUUUUAUUCUUGGGAACGAGGAUGGGCCGGAGUGUUAUGAGCUUCAGGUGUGUGUGAAGGACUACUGCUUCGGCCGCGCAGACCGUGUGGUCGGUAUCGCCGUCAUACAGUUGUGUGAUGUCGCGCCGAGGGCCAGCUGCGCCUGCUGGUGUCCACUGGGCCCACGGAUACACACCGAUGACACGGGCCUCACCGUCAUGCGCAUCCUCUCCCAGCGCUCGGGUGACGAGGUGGCCAAAGAGUUUGUGAAACUGAAGUCUGAGACCCGAUCGGCCGAGGAGGGGAGGUGAGGACGUUCCUUCACAGCAGAAGACAGUCUGAGACUCUUAAGUGCUGGAGGGACAUCAGCACUGUCACCUUUUUGUGUCCACAUCAAUGUUUUUGCUGCCCACUGAAACCCGCUGAGAAGGGCUUUCAGCAGCACAAGAGAGGCCAUGUGACAAGUUUUAUAAAGAGCAUUGUUAGUUUAGCAGUGGAUGAGGGGGGAGUCAUCCACAUAAACAGAUUGAACACAAUAUUUUUUCCAUAUAUUGAUAUAAAAAACACACUCACACAUUCAGCCACUAACAAACUAGCAAAUGACUAGUUGAGGUAGACACCAUGUUUUAUUUGACGUGAAUGAAACGAGACUGUGAAGGAUAGACAUGCACUUUGACCUGACAUAGACAUAACUUUGACCCUGAAAUUUUUUUUAUGAAUUGCCUCAUAUUAAAUUUAAUAAUCAUUGCAAAAAAUAAGACCAGACAUGUCUAUCCCUUACAAACUUGUUUGCAAGAAGAAAAAAAAUGGUGUCAAUCCCUGACUUGAGGUUCUUUGACCUCCGACCAGUAGAUGGCACUGUGAGUGUGCUGGGUCAUUAUUUUGGAAGCGUCUGUUGUAGAAUACACAGAUUCCACAUCCGUUCGUGCACUUUUUCUCUGUAAACACCCCUUUUGCCAUGUGUUUAUUGCCUUAUUUUUUGAUGCUGUGAAUGUGUCAAGUUGAAAUGUAAUGAUUAUGAUUGUUAUGAAUGUUGUGACUCCUGAGACAGUGUUUGUGUCCUGGGGGCCAGGUCUCAUUCACUCAGUGUUGUGGAGUGAUUUGUUGCAUGAUUGAAUCAGAAAAAAUGACCAUUCAUUUCAAAAGCCAACGUACUUCAGCCAUCAUCUGUGACCAGUAGGUGGCAGCAAUAAUCUCGUUCACAUUUACACCUGCUUCAUCACCCACACCAAGACAAUGCAGCAUCAUCGGACAGUAUUGAAGCUAAAAUGUUUGAAUGCUUUAAUGGGGUGUCAUGUAAUAUUUUUCAAUAUUUUAUGUAGUGGAAAAGCGCUGAAAAAUCAGCAUCAGCUGGGGAGAGAAAAUAUGAACGUUAACAAAUCAAGCUCAAAUAUGAUAACUGAUCAAUUAAAGAUGAGUAGAUGUUUGUUUGUUUUUUCAUUUCAAAGCGGCCUUAUAUUAUUUGUUCUGAUAUUUUCUAUUUAAAUGAUUUUAACUUUUUUUUUUUUUUCCUUUUAAGUAAAAAUGAUUCUUUUUUUCUGAGAAGUCUUGUUGUUACUCCAUUUCUUCGUUUUAAAUGGCUGAUUUAUUUUCUUUAAUUGUUCUUUUUGAGGAAUUUUAUACUGUGUUGUGCUUUGUUUUUCCAGAAACAACUGCAAAAACAAAGAGGAAAAAGACAGUAACACUACCAUUUUUCCCAUCAUUUGUUGCCUGUGCAAAAGCCUCACCUUGUUAAUUCAAAUUUCAAUGUAAAAAUAUUGUAUUUUUCACAAAACGCUGCCAAUAUGUAAAAUGUAUGUUGAUAUUGCCAAUUAUCGUGACUGUUGAACCUGUUAUUUAUUUCUGUACAUUUCUCACUUCUAACUCUGUCACUUUAUAAACUGUUACCGUUAAUUAGGCCGGCAGUGUUUGGACUGUAUUUUAGGGAAUUGUCACUCUUUGUAAUAUACACAUUCCUCGUGCCAACUUGUGAAAGUUCUCACUUUUUUUAAAACUCUUGUAACAGUACUGACAAUGAAUACUGGCAUGUAUGGACUUUACUCAGUUUUACUGAGUUUACUCACAUUUUUGAAGUUAUAUUGGUGUUGUACACAGUCACUGACAAGGAAAAAUUUAUUAAAAUGUUUGUGUGCACACUCCAA